CCACCGGCCCAGACGACCGCGGCGGCGCGCCUUGUCUCGCCACCGCCUCAAGCCCGGCCUCCUUUUGCCGCCCAUGCUGCGCCGUGCCCUGCCGCUGCGGCCGCUGCGGCUUGCGCCAGUGCCGCACCGCGCGCCGGCGCGCCGCGCCUUCUCGACGGCGCCGCUCUUCGACCCGCUCGUGGCGCUGCUCGAGGCGCUGCCGUCGCUGCCCCUCGUCGCCGCGUCGCCAUGCCCGCAGACGACAUCGCUCGUGCUGCUCGCCGUGGCGCUGCGCACCGCCGCGCUGCCGGCGACGCUGUGGAGCCGCGCGCGCCAGCGCCGCAUGGCCGAGCGCGUCGUGCCGGCGUGGCAGGAGGUGAAGCGCCUGCUGCCCGAGAGCGUCGCGCGUCGCUGCCGGCGCGCGGGCAUGUCGUAUGAGGAGUACCAGGCGGAGCUGCAGCGCGAGCUCAGAGCACAUCUCAAGACGCUACUGGCGCAGCACCGCUGUGCGCCGAUUCCGACCAUCGUGAUGCCGCUGGCGAUUCAAGUGCCGCUCUUCAUCAUCGCGUCGCAGACUAUCCGCCUCUCCAUCGGCCUGCCCGACUCCUCGUUUGGCUCCGAGGUGCAGCCCUGGUGGUCUGCGCCGCCCGGCCUCGAGGCGCAGUUCGCCGAGGGUGCAAAGGUGCUCGCCGCGCGCGGCCUGGAAGGCGAGGCGCUCGAGGCGCUGACGCGUCCGAUGGGCCCAGACCUGCGCGAGGUGGACCGGAGCAUGAUGGGGCCCAUCGCGCUCGGCAUGAGCACGCUCUCGAGUGUCGAGCUGACGCAGUGGAUGCGGCGCACCGAGCGCGAACGAGAUACAGAACAACAAGAGGGCAAGAAGGCCGCAGAGGAGCAGAUGGAGCAGCAGAUUGAGCAGAGCGUCGCAGAGCCGCUGCGCAACCGCGUGCUGGCGAACGUUCUGCGCGCGGGCAGCAUCGUCUUUGUCGUGGUGGCAAGCCAGGCGCCUGCUGCGGUGCUCGUCUACUGGCUCUCGUCGUCGCUGUACACACUCGUGCAAAACGGCGUCUUUACCGUCGCAGAUCGGCGCCGUGCACUGCGCGCUGCAGCCGCUCCGCCGCCACGCCCGUCUGUGACCGCGGCGGUGCAGUCGCGAGAAGCACAAAGACAGCGGCGCAUCGAGCGCGGCAUCGCACAGACGCAGGUCGGCAUCGCGGGCGAGAUGGGCAAGGGCGAGAUGAAGCGGAAACGAGCGCUCGUGGGCCGGGCGGCAGAGGCCGUCGAGCGCGAGCAAUGACACAAUGCUACAAUGCUCUGCAUAUUCCAUGCA